AUGAGUUUACCCCUCAACCCCAAACCGUUCCUGAAUGGACUGACAGGGAAGCCGGUGAUGGUGAAGCUUAAGUGGGGAAUGGAGUACAAAGGUUACCUGGUCUCUGUGGAUGGCUACAUGAACAUGCAACUUGCAAAUACAGAAGAAUACAUAGAUGGGGCAUUGUCUGGACACCUUGGUGAAGUUUUAAUAAGGUGCAAUAAUAUCCUUUACAUCAGAGGUGUCGAAGAAGAGGAAGAAGAUGGGGAAAUGAGAGAAUAA